AUGAAUCGAUUGAAUAUUAAUCUAUUGGAUUUACCUGACGAAAUAUUACUUCUUAUUUUGAAAAAGCUGAACAAUAUUGAUGUUCUUUAUUCAUUAAUCGAUGUUAAUAAUGACCAUUUGAACAGUUUAGCACAAGAAAAAACCUACAGUCAUACUCUCAAUUUCGCCUCAAUCGAUAAUGAUUCUGUAAUUGAUCAAGAGAAACUUGAUCGAUUUUGCAAGAUUAUAUUACCAAAAAUUCAUGAAAAUGUAAAAUAUUUUAUUCUUGAACCACUUUCAAUGGAAUGUAUUCUUCUUACUGCUGAUUAUCCAAAUCUAACUGAACUUAAGCUUUUUAAUUUCACAGAAGAAAUUUGCUUAAAAUACUUUACAAAUGAAUCAUCUCUUCGAUAUAUUUUUCAAGAAAAACUUACACAUCUUACUCUCGAUAAUUUAUCUAAUUUGAAAUGUUUUUCAUUGAUAUGUUAUCGUCGACUUGAUAUAUAUGAUGAACACAUUUUACCACUUCUUCAUCAUAUGACAUGUCUCGAAAAAUUAACUAUAUAUCUUUGUAUAUCAAAGCGUGAUAAAUUUAUUGAUAAUUCUCAUCUUGAAAAUGAAAUUCUUCGUUAUAUGCCACAUCUUCAUUCAUUUAUUUUUUUGUAUUAG